AUGCCGGGAAACGAUUAUUUUAGCAGUAAAAGCGUAAUAAGUAGUGCAGCUUGUUCACCCAUAUCAGGUAAUGGGAGGAUAAAACAUAUAACUUCUUCAAAUGGAAGUAGAGAUGCAAUAUCAACACAUGGUGGUAGAGAAAAGUCAAGUAUAAAUAAUGCCGACAAUGGUGACAGUGACGAUGACAUCGAACUUGAUGGUGAUGCAAAUGCGUAUCCUUCGUUUGCCAAACUUCUUUUACCAAAGCAAACUGUGCCCCCUCCGCCUGUAUUUGUGACAUCUCCUUCGAAACCACCCACUCGUCGGAAUUUGGUUCAUUCCUAUUCACCGGAGGAUGCUCUAAAAACUUCUCCAGAUAUUAUACUUGAAAUGUCAUCAACCGAACAAACGCCACAACUAUCGCCAACUACUUCUGCAGAAAGUUAUAGAGUAUUGAAUGAGAGAAGAGAUUCAGAGACGUCUCUACUAACAGCAGAUUUGACAGAAAUAACGUCAAGUCCACCAUCAAGGCCAGCAUUAACUGAACUUGAAGAGAAGGAUCUUUUUCCUGAUCCGCCAAAGACUGGUCCAAAACUUAAGCCCUUCUCAGCGUUAACAGCAUUAAUUGCAGAGAAAAAAAAUAAACUGGACAAUCCAUUUGCUGAAUAUUACAGCUUCUUUGCUGGAAAAGGUGAUCUUAAUCCGAUAACACUGAGGAUUUACCUUCCGUUUAGCAAAGAACCUUCACGGCCAUUAACUAUAAUUGUAAAAAGAGACGCCAGUGUUGAGGAAGUUAUAGGAUAUAUAUUAUAUCAAUACUGGGAUGAAAAGAGGGAACCUUUAUUAGAGAAAAGAUUAUGUAAUGUUUAUCAGUGGAAUAUGAGAAUGGUGGAAGACGAUGGUGAAAUUGACGAAGAUUUUCCUGCUUCGAAUAAAUUGAGGGCAUCCACUUAUAAAGAAAAUACUACCUCACCUAUCAAGAAUGGGACUACCGAACCUGCGCUUGAAAGUGGCGGCAUUAUGAGUAAUAAUAACACGUCCAAAGGGAGUGCAGUUGAUUUUACCAACCAAAUAUUUUUGCGUGUUCGAGUUACCCUUAAUCCAAAUGAAGAAGUUGCACACACAACCACUGUGCCUGCACUGGCUAACACGCCCUUUCAGAACGUUUUGGAAUCGAUUUGCCGUAAACGCAAAUUGGAUAUCAACAAGUAUACAUUAAAAAUUGCUGAUACUGAUAAAUACAUAAAUAUGGAAAAGACAGUUGAAAGCAUUGGGAGUGCUAAGGAGCUUGCACUUGUAGAGAAAUCCACUAAUGGAACGUCAACUGCUCCUGAAGUAACGCCACCAAGUCCGACAGGACAUGGUGGCACAUUAGAUCCAUUAGCUACUGGUGUAUUAGUAAUUGGUGUAAAUGACGGGUAUAGUUACGAUUCCUAUGGAAAACUUUUAAAGAUUACACCAGUUAAGCAUAUCACCAAAGAGAUGCUAACAUUUACAUUACAAAAAUUUACAGGAGAUAUUUCACAAAAGCCACCUCUGUAUUCUGCUUUGCGAAUGGAAGGUCGACGCCUUUAUGAUUACGCACGUAAAGGAAUUGCACUUCCGAAAAGCAUCGAACCUCGCGCAAUCAAGAUUCAUUCAUUAUCAUUAUUAGAUUUUACUGUUAACCAUGAUUAUAAGCCUCCUACAACAACAGCUACAAUACUUAAAACAAGAACAUCUGAAAAUAAUGAAGUGAAUACGAAUGAUCAAAGUAAUGCAAUAAUUAAUGAAAAUUCAAUUAUAGACAAUUCGCUAUUGAACAAUCCAAUUUUUAAAAUUCAUGUCGAAUGUGGAAAAGGAACAUAUAUUCGAUCGUUAAUACACGAUAUUGGAAUAGAGCUUAAUAGUGCAGCCCAUGUUGUAGAAUUGGUAAGAUUACAACAGGGAGAUAUAUACUUACAUAGAGAUACGGUUGAAUUAGAUGAGUGUACUGAUUUGAAUGCCAUUUUUACCGCCAUGGAAAAAAUCAAACUAAAACAUAGUUAUUCGUCGCUCCAAAGUAAUAAAGUGACUGAUAUAAAUAUCGCAUAA